CAGAGGCCUGCAAGAGAAGUUAUCGUAAGACAUUCAGCGACAUGGAAAGCAAAACCCAGCUCACAGAUGGGUGUAGAUUUUCCGUGGAAGUAACAGUUGACGAUUCAUCGCGUGAUCCAGAACCACUUAAACCAAAGAAGCCCCGCUUGGCUUGGCUUAUAGUGGACUUCACUUGUCUGUUAGCUGUUGGGUUAGUUUGUCUAUUAUUCAAACUAGUCGCCGUUCCAUAUCACCGAGGGUUUUAUUGUGAUGAUGAUAGUAUUAACAAGCCGUACAAAGAAAGUACUGUCCCAUCUUCGGUGCUCUAUUCCGUUGGCUUUGCUUUGGCUUAUCUGGUGAUCUGUGUCACGGAGCUGUGUAGCCAGCGACGGCAGAAAAGAUCACAACACAUUGAAUAUGUUCCUUUCAAGUGGCUGAAGCUUAAACCCCACCAUAUUCACGUAAUCAACCUAUUAGUUUCUUUUGCUUUCGGAGGGCUUGUCACUAUUUUUGUCACUGAUAUCGGAAAAUACACAGUUGGAAGAUUAAGGCCUCAUUUUUUGUCAAUCUGCCGGGCUCCAUCUUCUGUAUUUUUGAACUGUAGUCAUACAUACAUCACGGAAGAUGUUUGCACAGGUGAUCCAGGUUUGCUUAGAGAAGGACGUUUGUCUUUUCCAUCAGGGCACGCUUCAUUCUCAGCAUAUGCCAUAACAUUUACAAUUAUAUACAUGGAAGUCAUGGUCAGUUUUCCCCAUAGCAGGUUUCUGAAGUUUUCCCUUCAGCUGUUGAUUGCUCAGUUGGGUGUCCUGUGUGGUCUGUCUCGCAUUAGUGACUACAAGCAUCACUGGAGUGAUGUUCUCACUGGCUUGAUGUUGGGUGCCCUGAUUGCAGUAUUGAUAACAGAUCGUGUGUUAGGCAUGUUUAAAAGAGUCAUGACAAGCAAACAUGACAGCAAAGGCUGAGGAAAUUUGAUGUACAGUAUGUAGGAUGGACAAGGUUACUGACAUAAGUAUCAGUCACAUUGGAUUUGAGACCAACUUUUGAAAGUCAAGUGAUUGACACAUACCAUAACAGCAAUCUAGAAAGUUGGUUCUCUACAGGGUCUUUUUACUACAGGGUAGUAAAAAGCUCUGUUAUCAUUAAUUUUACCCAUCAAUUUUACACUCCCGAAGAGGAGGGUACUUCUGUAAGGAGUCUGACACCAUGAAAUUCGAACACAUACAAAAGAGAGCAAUUAUAUGCUAUUCAUAAAUUAUGAAUGUCUGCUAAACAAAGCAAGGCUAACUUUAAGUCUCAAGUGAAAAUACUGCUUACCUUAGAGUACAUUUGUGGUAAAUUUUAUCAUCAAAAUAUGAUUUACAAAACUAAUGAUAUGCCAUUCAACAGCUUAGGAAUUUUAAUUUCCAAGAAAUAAAUGGCAUUCCUAUAUGUAUGUAAAGGAAGUUGGGAUUAAUUCAUUAAUUUAUAUUUUCAUUGGACUACCUAGUAGGGUGCUUAAAGGAAUGCAAAUAAAAGCACAUUCUACACA